UUCAUAUGGAGACGUGUUAGUGUAUUAGGUACAUUGUCUUAAAAAAAUUUUCAUAAUUAGUAAAUUCGGUGUUUGAAGAAGAAAUCACGGCACGAAAGUGAUUAAAUCAACGUGCUAACAUUUCUUUUUUUCAUUUAAUUCAUUUAAAAACUUUUUUUAAGUCUAAUUAUAAAAUAUAAUUAUGAUUUUAUUUAAGACAUUUGUAUUUUUAACGUUAAGUGCGGUUUGUUUUGCCGGCGAACAAGACGUUCUAGAAUUAGGCGACAGUGAUUUUGAUUCAAUUGGUGAACAUGAAACUGCCCUAGUAAUGUUCUACGCACCAUGGUGUGGACAUUGUAAAAGACUGAAACCAGAGUAUGCAAAAGCUGCCGGUGAAUUAUUAAAGAAUGAUCCUCCCGUGGUACUCGCCAAAGUUGAUUGUACCGCAGCGGGUAAAGAUACAUGUUCUCAACACUCUGUGAGUGGUUAUCCCACAUUAAAAAUAUUCCGUAACGGAAAACUAUCUCAAGAAUAUAAUGGGCCACGUGAAGCAGACGGUAUUGUUAAAUAUAUGCGAGCACAAGUUGGACCUAGCUCAAAGGAAUUAAAAUCCGUACAAGAAUUAGAGAAAUUCUUAGAGAAAGCAGAUCCCGUUGUGGUUGGAUUCUUCAAAAGUGAUAGCGAUUUACAAGUUGCAUUCAAGCAAGUUGCUGAAAAAUUACGAGAACGUACCAUAUUUGGACACAGUUCAAGCGAUGAAGUUCUUAGCAAACAAGACCUUAGUGAUAACGUUGUUUUGUUCCGACCAAAAGUUUUACACAACAAAUUCGAACCAAGCUCAGUUACUUACAAGGGCAAACCAGACGCAGAUGCACUUCAAGCAUGGAUUGCUGCCAAUACUCAUGGCUUAGUUGGUGUACGAACCCGUGACUCUGCUAAAGAUUUCAAAGAACCAUUAGUCGUUGCAUACUACGCCGUCGAUUAUGUCAAGAAUCCAAAAGGCACAAAUUAUUGGCGUAAUCGUAUCUUAAAGGUUGCCAAAGAAUUUGCAGACGAUUUUAGUUUUGCAAUCAGCUCCAAAGAUGAUUUCCAACAUGAAUUAAAUGAAUUUGGUGUAGAUUUUGUUAAAGGAGAAAAGCCAUUAGUAUUUGCACGUAACGCAAAGAAACAAAAAUUCAGCAUGUCUGAUGAAUUCUCAAUUGAAAACUUCCAAAAAUUCUUAACAGACUUGAAAGACGGUAAAUUGGAACCAUUCUUAAAAUCAGAACCAAUUCCAGAAGAUAACAGUGGACCAGUAAAAGUAGCCGUUGGUAAAAACUUCGAUGAAGUUGUCAUGAACAAUGGCAAAGAUACACUUGUUGAAUUCUAUGCACCAUGGUGUGGACACUGUAAAAAAUUGACACCAAUCUACGAUGAAUUAGGUGAAAAAUUAAAGAACGAAGAUGUUGAAAUUGUGAAAGUUGAUGCGACAGCUAACGAUGUACCUCCACUAUUCGAUGUCCGUGGUUUCCCAACAUUAUAUUGGUUACCAAAGAACAGUAAAACAUCGCCAGUACGUUACGAUGGUGGACGGGAAUUAGACGAUUUUAUUAAAUAUAUUGCUGAGCAUGCAACAGAAGAAUUAAAUGGAUGGGAUAGAAAGAGUAAACCGAAGAAAACGGAAUUGUAAACUAGUUAUUAGAAACAAUAAAAUACUUCAUUCGAACACACAAUAGUUACUAAGAGCAAAUUUUUCAAGUUUUUCAUUCCCAUCAUUAAGUUUUUAUUUUAUUUUUUUUCAAUUAAAUUCGUUGUAAUUUUUUUCAUAAAAAAAUUUUAUUAUUAUGUGAUAAAAUUGUGAGUAUAAUAUUUGUAAGUGGUGGAGAUUAUGAUUUUUCUAAA